GAGAAUGAGUGACAAGAACGAAGACCCUCGCGUCCGCAUUGCGGACGAGACACAACCUUUUUCCAAACCUCCGAGACGUACUCUCCAUCGCGCUGUGUCAAGUUCCUCUAUGUCAAUUCGCAGUACUCACAGUAGAGUGGCAGCUCCAGAGACAGUACUUCCAAUUACUUACCGGUCCCUAUCGUACAAUAUCAACGAAGACUCAAAGAUCUGGAGCAGUUAGAUUGGCAUUUGCUCUCUGCCGACGAGCUAUUCCGAAGAUUCUCAACUUCAUCCUCUCAGGGGCUCUCUGCUGAACAAGUCGCUCGACGCACAUCGGAAUAUGGGAAAAACCAGCCCACCCCACCGCCUUCCGGCCUGUUUCGAAAGCUCAUGGCCUAUGUGUUUGGUGGUUUUGGCCUUUUAUUGUUUAUAGGUUGUAUUCUUGUCUUCAUCGCAUGGAAACCACUCGGAGAUCCUCCUGCCCUCGCGAAUCUUGCACUUGCUAUUGUCCUCGCCGCUGUCUUUGUUAUCCAAGCGGCGUUCAAUGCCUGGCAGGAUUGGUCCUCUUCUAGAGUAAUGGCUUCGAUUACCACCAUGCUUCCAGACGAGUGUAUGGUCGUUCGGGAAAACGGGCAGGAGUGGACGACAGCGACCGAACUUGUUCCUGGUGAUGUCGUCAAAAUAAAACAAGGAAACAAACUCCCAUCAGACUUGCGUUUUAUUGAGGUGUCGUCCGAUGCCAAGUUUGAUCGUUCAAUCCUUACUGGUAAAUCUGAACCUGCUCAGAGGACUGUUGAUUCUACGGACAAAAACUAUCUCGAAACACGUAAUAUCGGACUUCAGGGCACCCACUGUGUUUCUGGUAGCGCAACAGGUGUUUGUGUCGCUACAGGAGACAAUACAGUGUUUGGACGAAUAGCUCAACUGGCCAAUAAACCUCGACACGAAUUCACCCCAUUGCAGAAGAAAAUACUGCGCUUUGUCUUGGUUAUCGUUGGUAUUAUUAUUACUGUAGUUGUACUAGUUGUAGUCUUGUGGCAAGUUCCCUUAUUGCGGAGAGAUCAUACUGAUUGGAUCAAUCUCCCCCUUCUUAUUGUCAGCUGCGUCUCGGUGGGAAUUGCCUUCGUACCGGAAGGGCUUCCUGUUGCUGUCGCCUUGAGCCUCACCAUCGGAGCAAAUAUUAUGAAGAAAAAUAAAAUCCUCUGCAAGACUCUCGCAACGGUCGAAACUCUUGGCUCUGUUUCCGUCAUCUGCACAGAUAAAACUGGAAAUUUAACGAAGAAUGAGAUGUUUGUGACUGAUUGUUACACUGGUGCGGAGGAAUACACCGAAGAAGCUGCGCGUAUAGCUAACCACGGGAGGGAAGAGACCGACGUCUCAUUUGGUAGCUCAAUGAAUCAGCUACGUAGAGUAGGAGGUUUGCGCAAUGCAGCGGAGUUUGAUACGUCAACACUCAGCUAUCCACCUGACAAAAUGAAAAUGUAUGGUGAUCCGACAGAUCAAGCUAUUCUGCGUUUCUCAGAAUCAUUGGGAUCCGUCAAUAGGCUACGAAGUGAUACGAAAAAGGUUUUGAGCUCGCCUUCAACAGCCGGAACAAAUCCAUGA